AUGGCCACAUGGGGCCCACUCGAUACAUGGGCCUGCUCCCAGCCAGGUUUGGCCUGCGGGGUGGGAGCGCGGCGUGGACGUGGCGGGACAGAUGGGUUGGCGGGCGCGGUGGCGUUGCCCCUUGUUCCGCGUGAGCUGCCGCAGGUCUUCUCCUUCCUGGAGGCGCGAGACCUGCUCUGCGCCGCCCAGGUGGACAAGGUCUGGUAUGAGGUUUCAAAGACCAAGGACCUGUGGAGGCAGCUGUGUCUGAGAUGCUGGUCCUCGUGUAAGGCCUCCCGGAUGACGCUGGGCACGCAGACCUGGAAACAGUAUUAUCUCUGCCGGUCCGAGCUGGAGUUCCGCAUGGAAUCGGGACGGCCAGAGAAGGACUUCACCUGCAAAGCCCUUGCCAGGCACAAAGGACAGAUAGAAGAGCUGGCCUACAUCUCAACCAACGCAUGCUGGUUUGACAGGCAGGAGAAGUCCGUGAUGUGCCCUGGGUCCUUGGACGGCACCGUGCGCACCUGGGAUCUGCACGAGCGGCCAAGCAGAGUUCACGUUAUCAUCAUCAUCCUGAUUUUGUAGAAGUGUAGACGAGACUGAGUAAGGGGAGGCGUUCUGAGUCUGGGGCCACGUGGUUCCCUGUAAACCCAAGGGUUCUGCCUGGGGCCACACAUGGACCGUACCCAGCCUCCUCUGAGGGAUCUUUUCCUGGAAAACUGUCUGUUACUUCACAUUUUCAAAUGCCCUGGACACCUAAAGGCACCUCGAUUUAUUAUAGGGGGCCUCCUGGUGAGGUGGGUGUUCAUCUUGCCGUUGCUCAGGUUUGCUGGGGGGAGAGAGGGCGGGGGGGGCCCCAGCUCCAGGAGGGUCCACCUCACUCCCCGUGGAUGACCCCUCCUCUGGCCCCAAGAACAGGGCACCUUGGCUCUUAGCGACCACCGACUGUGACCUGUGUGACCUUCCUUCUCAGUCUGUGUGGGGCAGCCAGGGGAGCAGCAUUCUCGUACCCCUGUGCCAGCCUUGGGGUCUCUGCUCUGCUCAGACGUCAUGUUGGAAUCCAGGAGAGAGAACAGGUGUGACUUUGGUGACAAAAGUGUUUUGAAACAGCCGGCUGAGCCUGUGAGGCCCCUGGUGGCUGCCGGUGCCUGAGCGAGUCUCUGAAAGUCGGGACGGAUGCAGACGGCAGCCCAGGUCAUCUCAGGGCUCCAGGAACUGGCACGGGCGCUCGGAAACGGAGGAAAGUGGGGGCCGGGGGGCAGGGCAGUUUCGGAAUGAGUUAUGGUUAGUUAUAAUUUGUUUACUUUUGAAUCAUAAAAGUGAAACACUAUCAAGGCUUUUAUGUAAAAGGAAAAAUGGGACUCAAAGAUACUUCAUAAGAAGUAGAAACAUAUCCCCCCACGCAGGUUCUUUUCCCAGAGCUAACCACUUUUUAAAUCAUUUCUGAUUUUAGUUUUCCUGGCAGCCAUCGAUUGACCAAUUUUUAUAUUUGAUUAAGAGAUUCUGCUCCUCGAUCUGUAUACUUCAGAGAGUAUCUGUUGACUGUCUGCCUUACAGAAACAUUUUUAAUUUCCGGGAACUUUUCAGAUUGUCUGGUUGCUCUUUUUUUGUUUAAAGGGUGCAGUUAUUUGCAGCAUCUCUCUUUCCUCCGUGGCCAGUUUUUCAGUUGCUUGUCUUGGUUCUUCUCUUUCACGAGCUUGGUUUCCCGUGUGCACGGUCAUGGUCGAGGCUGUCACUUCGAGGAGAGGCCUCUGGAGAUGGACUGGCCUCGGGGGCUGGUUUCUGUCUCUCUGCAGUUUGUUGCCCCAUCCCCUGCGGGCCCUCCUGAGGAGGCCAGCCUCCAGCUGUGGAUAGUGGCCACGGCAGGCUUGGCUUAGAGGCUUUCGGCAGGAAGAGCACCUGAAGGCUGCUCAGAAGUCCCACGGCGACCAAAACAAAAAGGCCUUGACUGGAACAGAGAGCUUUGCACAGGGGUCGGCGGGCCUUCUCUGUAAAGGGCCCGACGGCGAGUAUUUUAGGCUUUGCAGGCCAUGUGGUCCUGCCACAGCGACUCAGCCAUGAUGUCAUGAAACAGCAGCCAUAGACAACAAGUAAACAAGAGAGCGGCUGUGUUCCGAUACAGCCGUAUUACGGACACUUAAAUGAGUGUCAUGUAAUUUUCUUGUCAUGGAACAGUCUUUUGAUUUUUUUAAACUAAAACGUAAAAAUACAAAAAUGGGCAGUGGGCCGGGUUUGGCUGCAGCCCAGUUUGCCGAACCUUCCUGUCAGGUGGUCAUCGUUUCCAGCGUGGGACCGUCUCAGACGUCCAGAACACUCUACGGCUGUUCCACCUGGCUUCCCAACCUUAAGAUGCUGUAUGAGCAAAUCUUCAACCUUAUUUUAUUUUUAAAAAGUCCACUCUGUUGGUUGGAAUCGUGCAGGAUGUAGACUUCCUGGGUUGGCCGUUUCAGUCAGCAGCGUGCAUUUCUGUGCAAUAUGCAUGUCUUUUCAUGACUUGAUCGCUCAUUUCUUUUCAACAUUGAAUAAUAUUCCAUUGUCUGCAUGUUCCAUGGUUUAUUUAUCCUUUCAAGGAUAAGGAUAUCUUGGUUGCUUUCGAGUUUUGGCAAUUAUGAAUAAAGUUGCUUUAAACAUUCAUGGGCAGAUUUUUGUGUGGACAUAAGACUGCUGCUCAUUUGGGUCAGAGCACAGUCACUGGAUGGGGUGGGAAGAGUAUGGAGACAGUAAGAAGAUCAGGGGCUGCCAGGGUUGGGGGGCUGGCGGAGGUACGAAUGGGGGGCACAGGAGCUUUGAGGGCAGCGAAACUGCUCUGUGAUACCGUGAUGGUGGGUACGUGUCAUCAUAUAUUGGUCAAAACCCGCAGAAGGUACAACAGAAAGAGUGGCUUCUAAUGUGGACUGUGGCCUUCAUUUCAUGGUAAUGGAUCAAUAUUGGCUCGUCAUUUGUAACAAAUGUCCCCCACAGUGCAAGGUGUUAAUAAUCGGGGAAACUGAGUGUGGGGAGAGAGGCGGUAUUGGGGAGCUAUCUGUAUUUUCUGCUCAAUUUAACAUCUACUAAUUUUUUAAAAAAUUCAACGCACACAUUCUCAUAAACAUUUCAACAGUGUACACGUGUCUAGAGUAAGAUUCCUAGUCUGUGCUCCUCCCUCCUAGUCCUUCCCGCUCUGCAACCACUGGUACCCGUGGGUCUGCGCCCUGCUGUGGUUGCACAGAUGGAUGUCAGCGCACACGUGUGUGUGAUUACACAGGGAGGGGUUGGUUGUUAGAGAGGAUUGCUUUUUAAAAUUUUUUAAAGAAAAAUGAGAUCCUAUUGCUCUUCUCCAUAAGCUGCUUUUCCCGUCCCUGUUGGUGGGCAGGCCUCACGCAGUUCCUGUCUGUUCCUGUGGUAACUUUCUCGUCUUGCCUCGCACGGGCGUGUCUGCUUUAUGUAGCCAUUUCUCCCUCCAUGAGCGCUCAGAGUCACAGGUUUUGCUGUUACACGUAGAGUGUUUGUCCACAUAUGCCGACGUCUUAGAGCUUUUAUGCUUUGGGUACAUUUCUGUAAGUGGGGUUGCUGGUCAACUUCAUGAGCAGUCUAGAUUUUAAUAAAUACUGCCAGAUUUGUGCUAAAAAGUUUGUAGUAAUGUAUACUUCCGCCAAGAGCGUGUGAGAACACUGGUUUCCCACAUGGCUGCCAGCGUUACUUAUAAUCAGUAUUUUUCGCCAGUCAGAUAUGCAGAAUAUUAUCUGAGGUUCUCACUUUGUUGAUUACCCGUCACUUGACCAUGUUUGUGCUUUUCUGCUCCUAUUCUUCGUCCGUUGGGGUGGGAGGGAGGAGGUUAUUGGGAGGGAUAACGGGACUGAAACGUCAGUUAACUCAUUAACCCUCUCGGGCUCCUGUGUGCCUGAUGGGCUGUGGUGUUUUCUCCACUUUUGGGUGAGCAAACUGAAGGACAGGAAGACGAAGCUGCGUCCCGCUCGUGGCUACUGUCCUGUGCAGCCGCCGGCUGGAACGAGGUGCCUCCACUCGAGUGGCAGAGACCCUCCAGGAUUAGGCUUGCUGGGGCUUUGCUUUACAGAAGUUUAGUUUGUUUAUGCUCCAUCACAAUUCUUUUCCUCCUUUUAUGGUUUCGGGGUAUCCAUGAUUUAAAAGGCCCCCCUUACCCUCAGUUGAAGUCUUUUUUCCCCUAUAUUUUAUUCAUAUGUGUCUGUGUGUCUGUGUAUGUAUACGUAUUUUUUUUACAUUUAUCUCUAAUUCAUCAAGAAUUAUUUUGUAUAUGAUUGGAAGUAGGAUUUGCCUUUAGUUUCUUCCAACUAGAUAGCUGUCCCAACAUUGUUUAUUGAAUAAACCGCCUCUUCUGCACCAACUUACAGUGCCCCCUAUUUUGCAUAUCAAAUUCCCCUUUAUAUUUGGGCCUGUGUUUGAACUCUCCUCUGUUUUAUUUAUCUGCCUGGUGGUUGUGCUGCUAUCAUGUUAUUUGAAUAGCUUGUAAUUCAGCUUUAUAAAAGUUCUCAAUAUCUGAUAGGGUAGGUCCUCUUUACGCUGGUGAUUUCAAAAUUUUCCUUGUAGUCACUCUCCCAUAUGAACUUUGGAACCAUUUUUAUGAGGUCUAAAACAAAUGAAAUUUGCAUUCUGAUUGAAAUGCAUUACAUUUAUAAAUCAUUUUGGAAAGGGGUGACAUUUUACAGUGUUUGGCUGCACGCCCAGGUGGGUAGACAGUGCGGGACAGGUUGCUGAGAGACCAAAAAAAAGACUCAGAGACAGUGAAUGAGACAUAUGGAGUUACUUACAGGGAAGGUCCAGUGGCGGCCGCUGGACAGAAAUG